GCCGCCGGGGUUCACUGAUAUCAGCUGCUGCAGCUCGGCGGCUGCGCGACAGCUCGCAGUCAAAGCAAGCUUGCCGUGUUUGCAUGGAUUUCGCAGCUCGCUGCGUAUCAUAUGCCAUGCACAAGCACCAAUGAAGCAUUCACGAUCACGACUUUUUGCGACUGGAACACAUGCUCAACCACCAUCCAUCGCUCGAGGCGGUCCAACAUCUGACUACACUCCAAAGAAAUCCAAUCGCUCCUUUCAUCUCGGCCAUGGCCGCCGCAGUAGUCUUUGCCAUUGGUCUUGUCGGCACCUUGCUCGUCACUUCCUCCUCUCGAGCUCUGCGACGGAGAAAGGCGAAAAAGGCCGGUCUGGAUUACCAUGCCUUGCAACGCGACAAGAUGGGCAGGGCCAUAGAUCCAAACAAUCCCCAUAGGCGACUAGGCAAGAACGAAGAGCGUGCAGUGCUUGAGCAUUUCAAGCUGUCGAGCCAAGAACAAGCAAAAUUGGAGCAAGAGCAUGGUCCCGUCUUGCCCGGCUACGAGGCCGCACCUCCGCGCUAUGUCGACAAAGCGCUUGCCUCUCGAUCGUCAAAUUGAUGUGCCAUCAGGUCAAUGAUCGUUUGACUCCGGGUCAUCUAUCAGCGCGCAGAGCUAAAUCAAAUCAAUUGGAUCGAUGCCCUAGAGCCGACGCUGUAUGAAGUACACGAGUAGCCCAAUCGGCCACUAAGAGCUAGGAUGACAUUUGGAGACCAAAGGAAGAAGACCGUGGGUGAC